AUACUAUAUUCUUUAUUGGAAAAUAUUAGUAUAUGUGGAAUUUGUGUUUUGGUUGUUGUAAUAAUAAUAAUAAUAAUAAUAAUAAUAAUAUCAAUACCAUGCAACAAAAAUAAACAACAUAGACUGAAGGCAAGGCUCACCAUGCUCCAUGAAAGGGUUAAAAAGAACAAAAGCAGCAUCCAAUGAGCAGAUGUGGUUGGCUACAGCACAGUACAGCAGGGUACAUCUUUACCACAGAAAAAUUACAUUGGAAUUUACUAUUCAAUGUAAAAAAAUAAAAAAUCAUAUGAAUCAUAACAUGACCAUGCAUUGAAAGUACUAUUACCAGAACAAAGGGUAAAGAGCGACCACAACCAAACAAUAAAAGACGUUAUUACUCAACAAGAGGAUUUACUGUAGCAGUGCAGGAGAUAGGCAUCCCUGUGAAAUGGAUAGCAUUUUGCACUUUUUUUUUUGAGGAUCAUUAGGAAGUGAUUAACCACCAGUGAGUAUCUACUACUUAUAGAAUUUGUUUUUUGCUCCUUCUCAAGAAGAACAAAGUGUUACACAAAUCGAGACGGUUAUGGCAGGUUGUUGGGAAGAGGUACAGUGUACCAGUAUUUAAUCCAUUUUGAUGUGUUGUCCAUUUUUUAAUCACUCAGAUGACCACACUAGGGAUAAUCCUAAUUGUGUGCGUGUCAUAAUAUUAAAAAGUAUGGGUUCUACAUGUCAUGGAAGAAUGCCAAUAGGAGAAUUUGCUACCAUUACUUAGCCACAUUUGUACAAUGCACUUUCCAUGGAGAAAAUUUGCCAAAUUCUGGUCUUCAGUAAAGCAGUGCAGAAAUCAAAACAAUUGCAAAAUGUAUCCACUUUACAGGAAUUUACAGCAUGUUGUAUAUCAAGACUGGAUGGGCGGUACACAAUUACAUUUAUUUGAUUCUCUAAAAGAGCUAAAAAUGGGUUAACAAUACAGCUACUUCACAGAAAGAGACAACAGGUGUUAGCAUUUUUUUCACAACAAUGAAUUGUGGGUGAAUGGUACAUUCUUGGGGGGCGUUUAAACAAAAAUAAUAGCAAUGUCUUCUGAUGGAAAUAGGAAAUGAAGAAGGGAUUCACAAUACAGCUAAAUACAGAGAACAGGCCACGCCACACCACACAGCAGCAGAUGAUCAUUAGCUACAGAAUGGGGGGGACGACAAAGAUCUGAUAAAUGCAGAAUGUAGAGCCAGCCUCGAUACUAUGAAACAGGAAAUAAGAACAGAAAUAAAAAGCACAAUGUGAAAUCAUUGAUGCCAGUGUAUGAAUUUAGUUUAUACUCUACACUGUAGCCUAAAUGGUUUAUGAAACGGUAUGUUUUGGUAUUGAAUCAACGUGAAAUGACUUGUGCAAAAUCACCUGGUGGAUAGCUUGUUUUAAAUAUUGGGGAAAACAACAUACGACGUGUUAAUUAAAAGAGCUUUGAAAAUUUGAUAUGUAAAUUUUGCCUGUUUGUAAACUACUAUAGUUGUGAUAUACAAAUUGUAUAGAUUACCGUAGCUAAUUGAAUUUGUCGCAAAACCCUCUCUGCAAGCAGUAAAGAUGAUCUCCAAAUGACAUCAUCCUGGGAUUAAAUAGGUUAUCCAGUAACCUAACCUGCAGAGAACGCGCUAGCUAGCUAACCUUCAAACAUGUUUCACGCAUUACUCUCUGUGGUCUGACAUUACACCACUGCCAUUAAUGUUACUUGGUAAAGUGUUUCUUAAAAUGGAACUGACUAGCUAGCUACAAUAUAUAAUGUCCAAAAAUAGCGAAACGUUUAGCUAGCAUUAGCUAAAUAGCAUUGGUACACGCGCUAACUAGCUACAGUAGUUAGCUGUCAACAGCUAGCGUUAUCUACAUCUCGAUUUGAGAAGGGGGACAAAUAUAUAUAUAUAUAUUUAGGCAAAUAGGACCAGACCCAUACUACCAAGAUGUGUAGUAUGGUCUUGCAAUUGUUAAUAAAAUGUAACGCUCGUCAACAACACGUUGGAAUGGAUUCUAAAGAGAUUUGCGAGCAGCUCCAGUGGUAUUAAGAUGAACAUAGCACAUGACAUGUAAGUGUUAAAAGAUUAAUAAAUAUAAAUACCUCUAUUUCUUACUGAGCCAAAUACAGGAAGAACCAGAUAUCCGACAUGCACUAAAACCAUCCUUGGAUCCUUUUCUUGCCGCUGGGUUUUUGGAGAGACAAAUAGCCCAUGCGGAUGAUCCGUUUCAAUCUUUCUACAUUCAAGCGGAUCUAGCAAGCACUGUGCUGGCAGGCAGCUGCUUCGGUGACAAAGCGUCGAUGGCUCGGUGUUUUCUGAAGGAACAUUUAGGAAAUGUAAAGUACCACAAAUAGCCACUAGGCUGCGCCAUAACCCCUGUAGAUUGUUUUUUCAGCCAGAGUAAUUCAUAGAUAAGUGCACUCCGCUGCAGUAGAUGGCAGUAAUGCUUUGAAAUGACAGCCUGUAAUCACGGAUGACAUAAAAAGAAGAAGAAGGGGUUCGUUUUCGGCCAUUCGCACACCCUCCAAGUACAGCUAGCUGGUCUUUGCAGGUGGUGGAGGACAAGUCCCAUUCGAAAUGUUAUCUGUGCGAGUUGCAGCGGCUCUGGCCAGGAGCCUGCCCAGACGUGCUGGAUUUGUGUCCAAGAAUGUUGCCGCCGCCUGCGUAGGAGUGAAUCACCUCCACACACACAGACCAUGUCUUGCUGCGAAGACCGGCACUGCCGAGGUGUCCUCCAUCCUGGAGGAGAAGAUCCUGGGUGCUGACACCAGUGCUGAUCUGGAAGAGACUGGUCGUGUGCUGUCAAUUGGUGACGGUAUCGCCAGAGUGUAUGGUCUCAGGAAUGUUCAGGCUGAGGAGAUGGUGGAGUUCUCCUCUGGGCUCAAGGGUAUGUCUCUGAACUUGGAGCCUGACAAUGUUGGUGUUGUGGUGUUCGGUAAUGACAAGCUGAUCAAAGAGGGUGACAUUGUGAAGAGGACUGGUGCCAUCGUGGACGUGCCAGUGGGUGUGGAGCUGCUGGGUCGUGUGGUGGACGCUCUGGGCAAUGCCAUCGACGGAAAGGGUCCUCUUGGGUCGAGCAUCCGUAGGCGUGUGGGUCUGAAGGCCCCUGGCAUCAUCCCCCGUAUCUCUGUGAAGGAGCCCAUGCAGACGGGUAUCAAGGCUGUGGACAGCCUGGUGCCCAUUGGCCGUGGCCAGCGUGAGCUGAUCAUCGGUGACCGGCAGACUGGCAAAACUGCUAUUGCCAUUGACACCAUUAUCAACCAGAAGCGUUUCAACGAAGGCAAAGAUGAGAAGAAGAAGCUGUACUGUAUCUAUGUUGCCAUUGGCCAGAAGAGAUCCACUGUGGCCCAGCUGGUGAAGAGGCUGACUGAUGCUGAUGCUAUGAAAUACACCAUUGUGGUGUCUGCUACAGCCUCUGAUGCUGCUCCCCUGCAGUACCUGGCCCCAUACUCUGGCUGCUCCAUGGGAGAGUUCUUCAGAGACAACGGCAAGCACGGCCUCAUCAUCUAUGAUGAUUUGUCCAAGCAGGCUGUAGCCUACCGUCAGAUGUCCCUGCUGCUGCGUCGUCCCCCUGGUCGUGAGGCCUACCCCGGUGACGUGUUCUACCUACACUCCCGUCUGCUGGAAAGAGCUGCCAAGAUGCACGACAACUUCGGGGGCGGCUCCCUGACCGCUCUGCCCGUCAUUGAGACCCAGGCUGGAGACGUGUCUGCCUACAUCCCUACCAACGUCAUCUCCAUCACUGACGGACAGAUCUUCUUGGAGACUGAGUUGUUCUACAAAGGUAUCCGCCCAGCCAUCAACGUGGGUCUGUCUGUGUCCAGAGUCGGAUCGGCUGCCCAGACCAAGGCCAUGAAGCAGGUGGCUGGAACCAUGAAGCUAGAGUUGGCCCAGUACCGUGAGGUGGCUGCCUUUGCCCAGUUCGGCUCUGACCUGGACGCUGCCACCCAGCAGCUGCUCAACAGGGGUGUCCGCCUCACUGAGUUGCUCAAACAGGGACAGUACUGCCCCAUGGCCAUUGAGGAGCAGGUGACAGUCAUCUACGCUGGUGUCAGAGGUCACUUGGACAAGAUGGACCCUUCCAAGAUCACCAGGUUUGAGAAGGCCUUCCUUGUACACGUCCUCAGCCAGCACCAGGACCUGCUCACCACCAUCAGGACCGAUGGUAUGAUCUCACCGACGGCUGACGCCAAACUGAAGGAGAUUGUGUUGACCUUCCUGUCCAGCUUUGAGUAAAGAGCGAAACUGCUCCUGAUCCUUCAGUGUGCUUCCGGUCUGUCGCAUUGUCCUAAUAUUAUAUGUAUGUGAAACACUGAAGGCCAGAACCUCAAUGUACAGAUUUCUCCUAAGAAGAAAUAAAAUUGUACAACCCUAGAGACCUGUGGUAAAAUUUGACUUUUCGUGGUAGACUGUGCCGGUCCAGCAGAUUAUCCAGUUGAAGGGAAUAAAAUGUCAUGUGAAAAAUAAUUCCUGCUCUCUGUUCUAAUGCAGUAACUUUCUCCCACUGUGGGUCUUUAUACUCAAACUACUCUAAAUAUCUUGUGACUUUGUUCAUGAAUUUCAUGAGUUAAAAUAAACAAAUUUGGGUGGUCUCAA